AUGGCAGAUGCUUUAUUGGAGCGAGGCACGAACUCUACUUCCUCAAGUAACCACACAGAUUUAAUCCUGACAGCACCACUCAGCUGCAGCAACGAUGAGUCAUACAAAUACAUUAUCUUACCCCUGUGCUACUCUAUAACCUUCUUACUCAGUGUCGUCCUAAACUCCACUGUUCUCUUGCGCUCGUAUCGUGGCGGCCGCCGAUGGAAUACCUCACUAAUUUAUAUGGUCAACCUGGCAUCUACAGACUUAAUGUACAGCUUGUCUCUGCCACUCCUGGUGGCAAGUUAUGUCAUGCAUGACCAUUGGGUGUUUGGGGAUUUUAUGUGCAGGCUGGUACGCUUUCUCUUUUAUUUUAACCUCUACUGCAGCAUCUUUUUCCUCACCUGCAUCUCUGUGCACCGCUACAUGGGCAUCUGCCACCCCAUCAGAACCAUCACGCUGGAGAGCAAGCGUGCUGCAAAGAGCACCUGUGCCAUGGUCUGGGUGUUGGUGUUCCUGCUCACCUGUCCGAUCUUUCGUUUCGCUCAAACUGGUGACAUGCCCAGAGUAGAUGGAAAUGGAAAGAACACAACCAUGGGACGUGAGCCAAACAAAAUGGGCCUGGAGAUGUACAAGAACUGUUUUGAUGUUGCAACAGACACCGAGUUCUCAGAGUACAUUCCAUAUGGAAUUGUUCUUCACCUUCUAGGCUUCUUUGUUCCCUUUACCGUCAGUGCAUGGUGUUACUCGCAGGUGAUUCGAACCAUUUUUCAGACCUUGCACACCCAACCAUAUGUGCAGGAGAUUGGUGAUAAUGAAAGAGGCCCCACCAAUCAGACCUCAAUCUCGAUCUCCAGCUCUCAGUAUGCACCGUAUAUCAGCAGGCGCCGCAAGUCCAUCAAAACAAUCAUUACCAUCACCUUCUUGUUCGCGCUGUGCUUCCUGCCAUUCCAUAUCACCCGGACACUGUACCUCAUUCUUAAACAGAGAAAUGCAGAGUGCCACACCAUACAUACUAUCUCUGUCUGCUACAAAAUCACUCGACCGCUGGCAUCAUUCAAUUCAUGGCUCAAUGCUCUGCUCUACUUCCUCACUGGCGACAAUGGAAUCUCUUGCUGUGGACUGACGGAAACCAGUCAUCACAUGCACCAUGUCUGGCCAUCAAGGGCUCCUGGAGGACUGAAAAAGGAGGUGGUGGCUGAAAAGGAAGAACAGGGUGAAAAACAUACAACACAUAAUCAAAAGAGAGACUCCAAACCGUCAGGAAUCACACAAAGGACUGUGAACAUAACCAAACCCUGGGCAUGGUGGCUUUCCUAUGAACUGUCUGUGUCUAAAUAAUACCGAUCAUGUAUUUAUUUUGUUGAUUUUCUCUUAAAA